AUUCGUCUUGUAUGUACCCUUUGUGUAUAUUCUGCAAAUUCUCGUGAUUUCCUGGUCCCAGACAUUACACCUGCUCAUAUUCUCACCGCUUUCGCCUCGUUCGAGAAGGACAUCAAGUCGGCUCAGUCAGAAGGUGAGGCUGCCCACCAGGCUGCCAUUGCUAAAUUCAGCCCAGAGGCCAAAGAGGCUGAUGCCAAACUCACCGCUAUUGCCAACGACAAAUCAAAGACGAAUGCUCAAAAGGGUCAAGAAAUUGACGCCAUUUUGAAAGGACUCCCAGCUGGUGUCCGCAAGGAGAUCGAGGAUGCAAUGAAAGGAUAA